AUGCCGACCACCGAUUGCCAAGAUUCGUCCCAGCAGCCUACAAUCGACUAUAACAACAAAAUGUUCCUUGCUCCCAUGGUCCGAGUGGGCACUCUUCCUUUUCGAUUGACAGUGUUGGACUAUGGAGCAGACCUUGUUUGGUCCGAGGAACUAGUGGAUAAACGAGUGAUUGGAUCCGUUCGCAAAUACAACCCCAUUACCAAGACGAUCGAAUAUUGGAAGGAAAACAAGUUGACUUUUAGCACCCAUGAGAAUGAACGAGGCAAGAUUAUCUUCCAACUUGGAACAGCCGAUCCCGAUCUCGCUUUGAAAGCUGCAUUGACUGUCAAGGAAGAUGUUGCUGGUUUUGAUCUUAAUUGUGGAUGCCCAAAGAGAUUCUCGGUCCAUGCUGGUAUGGGUGCUGCGCUCUUGACGAAUCCCGAGUUACUCAAGAAGAUCUUGAUCAAUUUGGUUCAAAAUGUGGGAUUGCCAGUGACAUGCAAGGUUCGCCUCCUCGAAGACAUGGAAAAGACCAAGGAAUUGCUCAAGAUGAUCGAGAGCACAGGUGUCAAGGCGAUCACCGUUCACUGCAGAUAUAGAGAUCAACGCUCAACGACACCUGCCAGAUGGGACGAAUUCAAGGAAGCCAUUUCAGUGGUCAAGAGCAUCCCCGUGGCUGUGAAUGGUGACGUAUUUUGCUACAAGGACAUUGAAUCCAUCAAGGAAAAGACAAAUGCCAAUUCGGUCAUGAUUGCUCGUGGUGCUCAGUACAAUCCAUCUGCUUUUCGGAAAGAAGGUUUGGUGUCCACCAGAGAAGCUGCAGAGGCAUACAUUAAAUGGUGUGUGCGGGUGAACAAUGUCUAUCAAAACACAAAAUAUGUGCUUUUGACAAUGUCCAACGAUCCAAAGUACAGCAAGACCGAUCUCUAUCGCAAGAUCCAACAAGCGAAAUCCAACCAAGCCAUUUGUGAAAUCUUUGGCAUGGAAUCGUUCUAUAAUGAAGUUCAAGAGCUUCACAAGGCACGCGAAGAGGAGGAAGCAAAAAAGGAAGAGGCCAAUGGUGGUGCUAAACGCAAAUUGGAAGAGGACGGGGAGACCAAGGAAGAGAAAAAGGAUGAAGAGCCUCCUACCAAGACACUCAAAGUAGAUGAUGAGGAACAAGCAAAGGCUCAAUCGUAG